AUGAUUUUUAGACUAUUGUAUUCUAUAACUAGAACUAAAGUAUGAAAUCAUUUAAAAGCUAGUUAUCCUCCAAUAUUGAUUUUAAAAAGAGAUGCUUAAAUACUAGUAAAGAGUUUUUAAUUAGCAGGUAUACUCUAGAAUUGUAUUUUGAUAAAGUUGAUAAUAUAAUUAAGUCAACUCCAACCCUAUCCCUUCGAGGAGGAGGAUGCGUAGGAUCAAAAGCAAAGAUAAAAAGUCAAAUGUAAAACACAAUUCCUAUGAAUUACUUAUAAACAAUGAAAUUAAAUAGUCAAUUGCUUGUUGAUAAAUGUGAUUAACUUUUAGACAAUUUUUCUAGGAAUGAAAUAAUGAUGUCAUUAUAAUGGUUUUUUGAUAAUCGAUAUUGGAUUUGUGAAAUUUGUAAAAAUGACAAUUUAAUUUUAAUGCUCUAUGAUUUAGCAUUAAAUUAAUUUAGAUAGCUUAUUUCAGUUAUAUCAGUUUAUUUAAGAGGAUCAGGUUGUCUUUGUUAUUAUGUUUUGGAAGUUUGUAAUGAUUUAUUAAUGAUAAUUUAUACUUAUUAGCUAAAAGAUGAAUAGCGCGUACUAUUGGUUGAAGUACAUGAUGAAUUAUUAUCUAUGAUUGAUAUUAUCAAGCAAGAUCUUGAAGUCUAUUAAAAUUUUUGGACAAGUGGACUUGAUUUUUAGAUAACUCUAAUAAAAAUAGUCUUAAUAAAUAGUAGGACAAACUCUAAGGAAUAAUAAGAUAAAUUAAUAUCGAUUGCAUCCUCUGCAUUCUCUUCUUUAUUAUCACUUUCAAUAAGUGAAGAUUUUACAAAUGCAUUAUUUGAUUUUGCAAAAUAUUUGCUUAUUGAAAAAUACAACCAAUUUUCUUAUCCUAUUCAAACAUAUCAAAUAUAUUAUUUCUUCUUUCUGUUAAAAUGGAGCAUCAUAAAAAAUAUUCAAGAAUAGAAUGUAGUAAAUAAAUAAAUUGCAAAUCUUUAGUUAGGAUAUUAAUAAUAUGUUUAGAAUUCAGAUAAUUGGAUAGUACAUUUUUGUUGGAUAAAUACUGUCUCAGAUUUGAUUUCAUAUAGGUAAAUUAUAUCAAAAACGAUCUUUUUAAAAAACUAAGAUGAUAUGAAAUAAAAAUAAUUAUGGAAUUAAUUAAUUAAGCAAAAUAUUAUUUAGAUAUUGCCUUAUGAUAAAUAACUUGGGAAACUAAAUAAUAGUUGCUCCUUUAAGUCUAUUGAUUAUGAAACGGAACAAAUUUUAAAUGGAUUAGGUUUGGAAAGGAUGAAAUUUUUUUAAAAUGUUAUAAUAAACCAAAAAUUUUCUAAUAAAUAAAAUUUCUUUCAAUUUUAUGUAGAUUUUACAUUUAAAAAACUAAAAAAACAAGAAGAAAAAAACAAUCUACCACCAAGAUUUGAAUUAUUUGGUGUUGAUGAAUAAAUGAAGAAACUUUAACGGUUAUAAUAAUUGUUAUAAGUUAUUAAAGACAAAAUCUCAGAAUAAUAUAUUGAAAGCUAAGUUGAAUCAUCCCAAUUACCUUCAUAAGAUGUUUAAACAAAAAAUAACGGCUAUAAUUAUGAUCUAGUUUUUAAUAAAGAAGGAGAAGUUCAAUAAUUAGAGUUUAGCCUAUCAAAACUUUCAUAUUUACUUCAUGAAGUUGAUUUUACUAUGAUUGUUGAGAAAAAGAGAAUAGAAAUCUGCUAUGAAUAAGUUAAAUUGUAUGAAAAUUUAAAUCAAAAAGAUAAGCAAAAUUAGAAUUAAAAAGAUUAAAAUAAAGAAGAAGUUUAAUAAAAAUAGCUUGAAAAUAUUUAUGAUGGGUGGAUCAAAUUAGAUUUUCCAAAUAAAUACAACUAAAUUUUAGAUCAAAUUACAAAACUAAGAGGAUUUCACUUCAAAUUUUCUAAAUUUGAGAAAACAGAAUCCAAAUAGUAAUAAAAAUAAAUUCAAGAGAAUGAUUUAAAUUUAUUUAUCCGGGAUGCUUAGAUUUAAAUAGAAAAAUUUUUAUAAGAGCUUAAUAUUUAAUAAAAAUUAUUAUAGAACUUUUGGAGGCUUAACAAUAAGCUAACAUUCAUAACAAAUAAUGAAUAAUAAGAUUUAAAAAUAAGUGAAUUCUUAGUUGAUAUUAUUGAAAGGAAUAAAAUACAGUUUAUUAAUAAUGAAUACCAUAAAGAAUUUAAGGAAUUUCUUAUUCAAUAGAAAUUUCAAACUCUUGAAGAUAUAUAAAAAUUUGACCUGAAAAUAUAAAACUAUAUAAAAAUGAUGAAAAUUUUAAAAGGUUAGAAUAUGUAGAAAGUUUAUAUUUUUUCAAAAUUAGAGUUCAAUCUCAAAUCUACUUUAGAAACUAAAUAAAACAAAGAGCUUAAAUAAUAAGACAAUAACCAAUAAUAAGAAAUAUCAAUAAGUGCAUUGAUUUUGGAACAAAAAAAAGAUAUUGAAGUAUUAAUGUAGAAGGAUCUAAAAGAUAAAAAUUGUAUUGACACAAUACUUGAGUAAUUUGUAAAAUUAAGAGAUAGAAUUAUAGCUAAUUUUGCUUCUUAAUAGAAUAGCUUAGUAAUUUCAGCAUUAAUUCUAUAAACUUAACUCUAUAAUUCAUUUUUUAAAUUAAAUUUGUCCUCAUAUUAAGAUAUUGAAUAAUGCAAAAAAGAAAUAUUGGAGUUAUACCAAUAAUAUGAUUAAAAUUAAAUAUUAAAUAAUAUUCAAUAUAAGAAUACAUAAGAUCAAAUUUAGGCAGUAAGCAAUGAGUAGAAUGAGUAUUUAAUACUGAUUUCGGAAAAUAUAAAUGAAUUGAAUAACUAAAUAAUGAAUAUUAACGGAAUCAUUGAUAAUAUGUAAGAAUUAUCUAAGUAUGUUCAUUAAAAUUGUAUGGGUUUUGAGUUUUUUACUGAAGAUCAUUUUCAAAAACAUUUCUUAGAUAAUGUUAAAUCAAUAAUCAAAGAAUUAAUUAUUUAAUUAUAAUUAGAUUAAUUAUUAAAUGAAUUUAUAUAGAAUAAUUUAGAUAAAUAGUAAAAUUCAGGAACUUAAAUAAAAAAUAAAAUAAACUUUACUUUAAAAGAUUUUGCCACUAUUUUUUGUUAUUAUUAGAUAACUUCAUAAACAGCAGUUUAGAUAGAUAAAGACUACUAAGAAUUAUUAGAUAAUUUAGAAUAGGAAAUGAUAGUGGAAAGAAAAAUCUAUGAUUUAAGUAAAGAUUAUAUAGUUCGUUAAUGUUUCCUCUUUCAUUUAAUAAAAAUUUAAUCCUAAGUCCCUGAAAAAGAAUUAUUAUUGCUUUGUCAAGAAUAUAUAAAACGAAUAUGGAUGAUAGAAAAGGAUGAAAGUGUUAGAGCUUUUCUAAAAAAUAAAGAGAUGAUAGAAAUCUAAAAAUUACUAUUCUCUCAUGAUCUAAAAACUUUCUCUUCAAGUAUGAAAGAAGAGAUGAAUUAAAAAUUGAAGGAAUUGGAUGAUAUUGAAUAAGCAAUUCGUUUUGAAGGCAAUCAAUCUAAGCGAGAUGAAUUGUCAAAAUAAUUAACAAACCAAUAUGAGGAGCUUGAAGAAUUUCUAGAUAAUAUUUCUGAAAUGUCUUAGCAAUUGGAUAUUACUUUAAUCUUUUUAAAAGAACUUUUAAAAAAUAUAAAAUAAAUAAAAAAGAAAAUAGAUGAUCUCUAGGAAUCAAUAAAUGAGAUUGGAAAUGAUGUGAGAAAAUUAAGAGGAAAAAAAUAUGAUGAGUUGCUUUUAAUAAGAAAAGAAAAGGUGUUAUCUUAAGCUUAUCUUUUGGAGGUUGAUUCUGUAUACAUUCCACUAAAAACAUAGGAAAUCAAUCCAGUUACAGGGUAAGUCUAAAACACUCUUUCAGGUUAAACAUUUUCUGAGUUGCUUGUUGAAGAGGUUAGAUAAAACAAAAUAGAAGGGAGGGAAGGAGAAGUGAAUUAAUUUAUCUAUGAUGAAUAAUAAAAAGAUGUAAUGUUGAUAAAAGGUCAAGCUGGUUCGGGUAAAAGUCGAGCAGCUAGAAAAAUUGAAGCUUAUCUAUGGAAACAAAAAUUAGACGAAAAGGAUUGGAUUCCAAUAUAUAUAUCAUUACCAUAAUUAAAAAACCCAAAAUUUAAUCUAUUGGACCAAACACUUGAAUCAGAAAAUUAUGGGUUUGAUAAGUUGCAAUUAAAAGAUUUUAAAGAAGCAAUUUCGAGUAAUAAGAUUAAAUUAGUGUUGAUACUUGAUAGUUACGAUGAAAUGAAGCAAGAUUGUAUAUAAUCCAAUUUAAUAUUAACAAAUAGAUUAAUCUAAGAUCUUAAUUAAGUUGAUUAAAUAAAAAAAGUAAAAUUUAUAAUAACAACUCGUAAAGAAAUAUUAACAAGUUUAGGAUAUUAAACAUGGUUUUAUGGCGAAAGCCUAUAAACACUAAAAGAAGUCGAAAUCAUGAAUUUUGAUAAACAACAAAGUGAGAAUUACCUUAAACAUUAUGUUAAAUUGAGUAUUAAAAGAAGAAUUAAAUCAUCAUAUGAUUUUGUUAAGUAAAUAAAACAAUAGAAUUUAGAUGUUAAAGAAUUUUUAGAGAUUUGGAAUAAUAUUUUAGAUUAAGUAGAUGAUGAAGAUGGAAUUAAUGAGAAUUCUACUAUGUUACUAACUGAUGAAUAAAUUGAGAAUAUUUUGGAAAUUAUAUAAAAAUAACCUGCAUUCCAAUAUGUUUAAGAAGAUUAGUUAAUUAUCUUAAAAAAAGAACUUAAAGAUUUAUGGAGUGCAGGGUUAUUUAAUAAAACUAUUGAAAAUCUAAACAUUUAACAUUUCUUAUAGACUCCAUUUAUGCUUGAAAUAGUAGUCUAAACUCUUCCAAACCUUUCUUAAAAAUAUAAAGGAUCUCAAGAAAUUAAGGAAAUGUUUCAGAAGAACUUCUUAAUACUAAAAAGUAAGGAAAAUCUAUCAAAAAAGAAAUUAUCAAAAUUUAUUUAUUAAGAGUAAAAAAAAGUACAAAUAAUUGUAGAGGAAAAUACAUAUAAGUAAAGUGAAAUUGAACAAGAUUAAGAGGAUCAAUAAGAUUUAAAAAGUUUAUAAAUUAUUCUUGAAAAAUUAGAAAGUUAACACUUUUUUGAAAAGUAUUCAAUAACUGAUAUAUCUUUGAUAAACAAUUAAAUAAUAAAUAUAAGUGAAGAUGAUUUGAAAAUUGUAAUUGCUGCUUUGAAAAUGAAGAUAUUUACAAUUUAUGAAUUCUAUUAAAACUUUAUAGAAUUUUAUCAUGAAUAAUAAAUAUAGAAACUAAGAUAAUUGGGAAAAGUUGAAAAUGUAGAUAGUUUUACGAUAGAUUUAUUAUAAUUUUCAGAAUCAUUAGCUAUAGAAAUGACAAUGAAUUAAACAACAUAAGUUAAUUAUGAACAAAAAGGUAGAUUAAAAUUAAAAAAUCAUUAUUUUGACUAAAAUAAUGAAGAUGAUUGGAAAAUAUAAUAUUUUGAUGAUUUGGAAGAUGACUAUAGGAAAGUUGUUAGAAGUUCAGCAUUGAUUAAUGUGAAAGGGAAAAGCUAUACAUUUAAUCAUAAAUCUUUAUAAGAAUUUUAUGUAGCCAAACAUAUAAAUAAUUUAAUUGAUAAACUUUAAUUCAUUGACAAUUAACUUACUCAAAGAAGUGUAAGUUAUUUAGAAAAAUCAGUAUUUAAUAAGAAAGAAUUUAAUAUCUCUUUUGAAAAUUACUUUGGGUCUUUGAGAAUAUUAAAAGAAAACCUUAAACUUAAGAAUGAAAAUAACCUUAAAUUAAUUUCUAUUGCUAAAUUAUCUGUAAAUGAAAAAUUAAAAAUAGCUUCUUCAAAUAGUUUUUGUUUAUUAAGUUAUUUAUAAGUGUAUCUAGGAGAGCAAGAUUUUUCAGGUAUACAUAUAGAAAAGACAACUCUUAAAGGAUUAUCUUUUUAUAAAAGCAAAUUUAAAAAAUCUAUUUUUAAUGAAGCCAUUAUUGAUUCAUGCCUAUUUGAUCAAGCUAAUUUGGAAGAGGCAAAAUGGACAAAUAUGAUAUGUUCUGAGAAACCAUUAUUAUAAGGACAUAAUGGUANGAAAAUCUAAACAUUUAACAUUUCUUAUAGACUCCAUUUAUGCUUGAAAUAGUAGUCUAAACUCUUCCAAACCUUUCUUAAAAAUAUAAAGGAUCUCAAGAAAUUAAGGAAAUGUUUCAGAAGAACUUCUUAAUACUAAAAAGUAAGGAAAAUCUAUCAAAAAAGAAAUUAUCAAAAUUUAUUUAUUAAGAGUAAAAAAAAGUACAAAUAAUUGUAGAGGAAAAUACAUAUAAGUAAAGUGAAAUUGAACAAGAUUAAGAGGAUCAAUAAGAUUUAAAAAGUUUAUAAAUUAUUCUUGAAAAAUUAGAAAGUUAACACUUUUUUGAAAAGUAUUCAAUAACUGAUAUAUCUUUGAUAAACAAUUAAAUAAUAAAUAUAAGUGAAGAUGAUUUGAAAAUUGUAAUUGCUGCUUUGAAAAUGAAGAUAUUUACAAUUUAUGAAUUCUAUUAAAACUUUAUAGAAUUUUAUCAUGAAUAAUAAAUAUAGAAACUAAGAUAAUUGGGAAAAGUUGAAAAUGUAGAUAGUUUUACGAUAGAUUUAUUAUAAUUUUCAGAAUCAUUAGCUAUAGAAAUGACAAUGAAUUAAACAACAUAAGUUAAUUAUGAACAAAAAGGUAGAUUAAAAUUAAAAAAUCAUUAUUUUGACUAAAAUAAUGAAGAUGAUUGGAAAAUAUAAUAUUUUGAUGAUUUGGAAGAUGACUAUAGGAAAGUUGUUAGAAGUUCAGCAUUGAUUAAUGUGAAAGGGAAAAGCUAUACAUUUAAUCAUAAAUCUUUAUAAGAAUUUUAUGUAGCCAAACAUAUAAAUAAUUUAAUUGAUAAACUUUAAUUCAUUGACAAUUAACUUACUCAAAGAAGUGUAAGUUAUUUAGAAAAAUCAGUAUUUAAUAAGAAAGAAUUUAAUAUCUCUUUUGAAAAUUACUUUGGGUCUUUGAGAAUAUUAAAAGAAAACCUUAAACUUAAGAAUGAAAAUAACCUUAAAUUAAUUUCUAUUGCUAAAUUAUCUGUAAAUGAAAAAUUAAAAAUAGCUUCUUCAAAUAGUUUUUGUUUAUUAAGUUAUUUAUAAGUGUAUCUAGGAGAGCAAGAUUUUUCAGGUAUACAUAUAGAAAAGACAACUCUUAAAGGAUUAUCUUUUUAUAAAAGCAAAUUUAAAAAAUCUAUUUUUAAUGAAGCCAUUAUUGAUUCAUGCCUAUUUGAUCAAGCUAAUUUGGAAGAGGCAAAAUGGACAAAUAUGAUAUGUUCUGAGAAACCAUUAUUAUAAGGACAUAAUGGUAGUGUUGUUGUAAUAUAAUAUUCAAAUAAUGGUAAAUUGAUAGCAAGUGCAGAUUCACAAAAAGUUAUAAAAUUUUGGGAUGUUACAACAUUUUAACAAGAAGGAGAAAUUAGUGAUAUUUCUGGUAUACCAAAAUACUUAGUAUUCUCAGAUGAUGAUUAACUUUUAUUUGUAUGUAGUGAUACAAAUAUAAUUGAGACUUGGUAGAUAAGUGAUCUAAAAAAAAUCAUAAAAUCAAGUUGUGUAAUAAAUAAAUAAGAAAAAAUCAUAAAAAUGCAGUUGUCAUAAAAUGAAAAAGAAUUAUUAGCUGUUGAUCUUAACGGAUUAAUAUAAUUUUGGGAUAUCAAUUUAAUAAAAACAAAUUUUAAUGAAAAAGAUGGAUUCAUUCUAAAAAGCUCUGACAGUAAGAUAAAGUUUAUUUCAUUUUUUAAGAAUGGCUAAAUGUUGGCAUCUUUAAGUGAUGACAAAAAAGUUACACUUUGGGAUGUCAUAGAAUAAAAAGUAGAAGCUAUAAUAGACAUUUCUUUUCCAAUUACUUAUUUAGCAAUCAAUUAAACAUCUGAAUUUCUUGUUUGUGUAUCUAAUGAAUCAGAGUCUGAUAAUUUGUCUGUUUGGAAUAUUCAAAACAUUAACUAUCCUUAUUUAUUACGUAAUUCUUCUAAAUAUCAAAUUAAUAAUAUAUAAUUCACUACAGAUAAUUAGAAAUCAAUAGAAACUCUUUAAGAUGUAAUUUUAAUUUAAAAUAGUAGCAACAUAUCAGAAUAAGAAGAAUAUUAUUAAAUAAUUAAUUGUACUUGUAUAGAUUUCUCACCAGAUGAAAAUUUAAUAGCUAUAAGUAUUGAAAAAUAAAUCUCACUAUGGUCAUUAUAAACAAACACUCCAAUAACUACUUUGGAAAAUGAUUCACUAGUCAAUGAACUUAUAUUCAUUGAAUAAGGAAAAAAACUAUUAAGUGGAAAUUAUUAUUAAGGUGUUAAACUUUGGUCAGUGGAAAAAUGUCAACUUAUUAAUUUCUUUUAAAUUUCCUACACUUAAAAUAUAACAAUAUCCUCUAAUUAUGAUAGAAUGGCUAUUAAAAAAGAUGGAUAAGGAUUAGGAGUAGUAAUAAUAAAUUUAGAUCAACUCUAGUUUAACAUAAUCGAUAAUAAUGGUAUGAAAGUCUCUAUUUCAUAAAAUGAUUAAUUAUUUGUGAUUAAUUACAAUUAUAGGGGAAAAACAUAAUAUGUUAUUAAUCUAGAUAAUGACUAAUAAGUUGAAUUCGAGAGCAGUAAGAAUAAUUUUGAAUAAUGCAUUUUUUCUCAUUAAUCAUCUCUUUUCGCUAGUUUUAAUAAAGAUUAAUAAUUACAAAUUUGGACCUAUGAAGGGGUGAAAUUUUCUCUAAAACAUGAAAAACAAUUUGAUUAGAAGAUUUCUUGCAUGAUUUUUUCUUUUGAUGAUAAAUAUUUGGCUAUGACAUCCUAAACAGAUUAAUUAAUAAAAAUAUGGGAUUUUUCUUUAAAUUCAAUAUAUACAUUAAAAGAAUCAAUUAAUGAAGUAGGAAACUAUGAUUAUUAAUUAUCUCCAGAUAUCUGCUUUUCUUGCGAUAGUCUAUAAGUUGCAUUCUAUAAUAGUGAUGAAAUAAAAAUUUGGAACUUCCUUUCUAACUAAACUAAUUCUAUUUUUAAAGACGAUAAUUCGAAAGUUAGAACUAUUGCAUCUUCUCCAAAAUAGAAUAUAUUUGCUACAUCUAGUGAAGAAUUGACUAUCAAAUUUUGGCAUUUUGAGACAAAAUAAUUAUUGCAUUCAUUUUUCACAGGAGAAUUGACCAAAUGUUUAUGUUUCACAUAUAAUGGAAAAUAUUUAAUUAGUGCAAGAAACAUUUUGAAGCUAUGGGACAUAUCAAAUUUUCCAUAAAUCAAAUUAUGUGCUGCCACAGAUUCUUUUUAAGGCUAUAAUGUAGAAAAAAUAUGUUGCUUACAUUAAACAUAAGGUAUUUUGUGCUGUUGUUCUUAAAUGAGUUAGGUGAUUAAAUUUGAUGAAUUUAAUUAUUUAGGAGUAUUAUAGGGUUCGGAUUAAUCGAAAAUUCAAUGUUAAUUUUCAGCUGAUAACCUUUUUUUAGUUGGUGGAAUAGAUGAAAAAGUUAUUAUCUGGGAUAAUGAUAAAAACUAUCAAAUAGUAUUCACUUAUCCAUUUCCUGAUAUCAUUUAGUCAGUUACUUAUUGUUAAGAUUAAGAAAGACUUGUUGUAACUAUUCCAUCAGGGAUAUAUAUUUUGAAUAUCAAAUCAACCAAUAUACUCGAAGUAAUUCCUAAUUUGAAAUCUGCAUUUUAUGCCAAAAUGUUUUAAAAUGAUAAAUAUCUCUUUACAAAAGAAGAUAAAUCUUUUAAAAUUUGGAGAAAUGAUGGAGAUAAUCAAUUCACUUUAAUUGACUAUUAUAGUUUUUAAACAAGAGAAAAAAUUGCUUUUUCAUAGGAUGGAAAAUAUUUAGCAAAACUAAUAGAUGAAUAUUAUUAGAAAUAAAUAACAAUUUAUCCUGUAGAUUUGAUAUGUAAACGACGAUUUAUUCUGAAUAAUGAUUAAAGUACAAUAAGGAUAUCAAAUAACUUAUAAUAUUUAUUAUAUGGGAAUUACCAACUUUCUAAAUUAUCCUAUUUUGAAUCGAAUGUUACUAUUGAUGAAUUCACUGAAUUAGGAUAUUUUGAGUUUAGCCCAGACAAUGAAAAUAUAGUUUUUCAGAAUGACUAAAAUUACACAUUAUACAACAUUAAAUCAAAAUAAAAUAUUUCUUAAUUUAGCAAAUAUAAAGAUUAAUAAUCAAUAUAUAGAUAUUCAAAUUCAUAUUCAGUUUAAUUUUCAAAUGAUGGGAAGAUUUAGUAUUAGCAUAUGAAUAAAUAAUUCUUGUUAAUCUCACAGACAUUAAUAAACCUUAAUUUAUCGGAAUUAUUCAAGAUAAAAUAACUUCUGUUAAUCCUAAAACAUCAUCUAAAUAUCUAGCUUCAACUUUAGGUGAGAAUUCUAUUUAAAUAAAUGAUUUGA